CAAUCCUUCAUUCUUGUGGCUUGACUGAAUUGUGAAUGAGGAAUUAGUUUUGCACUGUUAGACUUUGUAGAUCUAAUAAUAAAUUAUGGAACCAACAAAUAGUUCUGCUGAAGUUCCCAGUCAAGCUGCUACAAUUAUAGGUUUGGAGGAUGAUGAUCCCCAGCCCAAGACACAAGGCAUUUCACAUGAACACGUUCUUUAUGGCAGUGGAGAGUCAUUUAAGAGGUAUAUGAACAAUCAUGUCGAAACACUUAUUCAAAAGAUGACUGCGAAAAAUAUUAUAAGCAAACGCAUGGUAAAAAGGAUCGAAGGCGAAGAUAAAUUGGAUUUGCUUUUGGAAAUAAUGAAAAAAAUGUCUCCGGAGAAGUUUAUCGUUUAUCUUCAAUUGUUGCUGGCCAUUUCUAGACAGUCUGAAGAACAGGAAAAGGAUGCAAAAAAGGGAGCCGAAAAAUCUUUGCAUGUGGAUGCAACAUUACAAGACGAUACGAAGCAACUCAUGAGAAUGAUGAAGGGUUUACUUAAAGCAAUGAAACCCACACAUGGUUCAGAAUUACACGCUGUAAUUGCUGAGUUUGCUUCGCAAGACAGUAGCCAAUCAGCAGUACAACCACCACCCAACCUACCACAGCAUGUUUGUCCACCAGAAGGACAACUGGGAAAUGCUGAGUUUGGCGUAUUCACGAAGAGAGAAGGGGGGACCCUCUACUCUGCACUGCAUGGUGUCACUGUGAUCAUCCCUCCCAAUGCCAUCCCAGAAGCAUUCUCUCAAUUUUCUCUCUCAAUGCACUUUUAUCUGCAACAAUCGUUCACUCUAAUGGAUGAUGCAGACCCUUGCUCUGUGAUAGUGUGGUUACAUCAAUAUCCUCACUUCAAUUUUCUCGAGGACGUCACUGUCAUGAUUCCCCACUCUGCCGUAGUCGAUGACUCCCUCUGUGUAUUGACCUGGGGUAAAGACAAACAGCCGAACCUCAAUACCGAAGUCCCAGCUGAUUUUAGUGAUGGAUACCAUGCUGUCAUCAAAGUCAAGCACUUUUGUCCAUUUUCUACAAUAAAAAGGAAACGAGAUCAAGAUGAAAGCGAAGAGUCCAAAAAAAUUAAGUUGGAGCCUACGGCCGAGUCUGGCUUCAAGUACAGUAUAGCCUGCAGCAUGCCCUCUGAUCGAUCAGGAGAGUACUGGAAGGUGCAGUUUGUAGCUUGUCAAAGUAACCCCACAGGGAUUUGGUUGAGGCAGUUGCAAAUUGGCAAAGAUGACUACUCUCAAGUGGAUGAUGUUGAAAUCAGAGGAGGUUUCUUUAAGAUGUUUCCUGACACUUGGAGUGACAGCAAUUGGAAAAUCAAUGCGACUGUUAGGCCAGCGUUGAUUUCUGAACAGCAGAUACGGCGGGUUCCAGAAAAAAAGGCGGGACAGCCCUUCCCUUCUCUCCCCACUCUGUGCUUUGUGGUAACCCACAAGAGUGAAAAUGACCAUUUACUGACACAAUGGAUAGACGCGCAAGGAGCAGUCGUUGUUGAUGGCAGUACACCCUCCUUCUUUAUUUCAUCCACCCCGCCUCUACCUAUAACUCCACCUAUAAUGAAAAGUACGUGUGAAAGAGACCUCUCCAUUAGACCUUAUCUUUAUGGUAAUGACAGUGAGAUUAUCAGAGCACUCACUCACCAAGGCCUGGACGUUAUUCUCGAUACUCAAACGUCUGAGCACCUCAAGUUCCUCGCAGACAUCAGUCUCCAGUUAUCCGACACUCAACGGCUGUGCAAAGCAUUGGACAUACUUAAUGAAAUGGAUUUAGAUACUUUUACGAUUCUCGGCAACUGGGUGGUCAGUCAAGGCAGAGCCGCUAGUUUGAUACGACUCAAGGAGCAACUCAGGACUAUAGACAUUGCCAACAUUGUUGUGUGUAAGGAGAAAGACUCGAGUGACCUGCUCAGUCCACACCUAGAAUAUUAUUCAAUUCUGGACGUUUUCAAGGAAGAUCGGUUGCCACCCAGACGCAUAUAUAUAGACUUGCUGAAUCUGUCUAAAAAGUUAGUACACUGCUGGAGGAGUAUUGGCCGUCUGCUGGGAAUCUCACAUAACCAGUUGGAAAUUAUUGUUAAUGAGGAAUUUGAGUCACAGCCGUACCACCUGAUUAACAAUUGGCAGAGGAGAGAGGGAAGUGGAGCUACCUUUGGGGCACUCUUCAAGGCCAUUCAUCGAGUGUUUGACCAUCAAUUAGAGUUGGUCAAUGAUGCUCAUCUCUUCUGUGUAUCUUAUGUUCAUAAUCAUCUACCCAACCCUGGCACAGUUAAUGCUUAGAGUCAAAUUAUCUCCAAACUAUUUUCAUCAUCACUCAUGCAUCAUAAGUUGGUACCAUCUAUUCAGCACCACUUUUUAACAAUUUAGCAAUUCAGCAUAAACAGCAUAGUAGUAGCUUAGUAUUUAGCAAGAGUAUAAUUGGUAUUAUAUAAUUAUUAGGAAACAAAAUUGAUGAUCAUUUCCACAUAUGCACACUACAUGUGUCCAGAGUGUCAAGAGAAUGAUUGAGAUAACGUGUAACGACCGUUUGGGAAAGAAAGUCAGAGUCAAGUGCAACCCUGACGACACUAUAGGGGAUCUCAAGAAGCUGGUGGCUGCACAGACAGGAACAAAGUGGGAAAAAAUCGUCCUCAAGAAAUGGUAAUUUUAAGCACUGAGUGUGGUCAUUGGCUCAGGAAGACCAGCAAUAUUGCUGAUGAGAAUUUCCUGUUUAAAUAAAGUAUUACUAUACUACUGCUACAUUGGGCCAGGGGCAAUCUAGCACAUGGUACCCUGGGCAUUAGUCGUGUGAACUGGUGCAUUCUGGCUCGUUACAGAUUUUUGAUGUCGCUAUUGGGUCAUUCCAUAUCAAUUCAACAAAAUUUAAAACGUAACGUCUUCAGAAUUCCACGAAACUUGGUACAUGUGUGAGGAAUGGUAUGGUAACAUAUCAGGGUUUGUAAACAAUAUGGCUUCUGAGAUUGAGUUAAUUAAAAAAUGCAGAAAUUCUCCACUUUUAGAAACUGGCUGCUGUUAGUUAAACUGUAACUUUCUAACCAUUAACAUUCAAGACUAAGAAUGUAUAUCAUGUUGUUGCCUAAGAAAUUCCGCAUCAUUUGGUAUGUUGUACGGCUUCACUUAAUAAAUUUUAGGUAUUGCAUCUAAUUAGUAGCCUUCGAACUCUGACUUCUCGAAAAGCGCUGUUUUUUUUCCUGUAAUUUUUUAUGUAUCAUGUUCCUCAUACCAUUCUCUUGAAGUGUGACAAGUUUGGUUUUGGGAUUCCAAUGGGAUCAUGAGAUAUGUUGUGGGAUGUAGUGUGAUUUGGGCAAUAUUUGUGGUUUCAGAGAAUAAACAGUCCUUCUUUGUUGUGUAAUGUACCUAAAACAUGUGUGCUAACUUUCCUGAACUUAUGUUAUCACAAGGAAGAAUUCGAACUUUCGGCCGAGUGACAUUUUCAGCUGAGGAACUGUAAAACGACUGAUAGCUAAAACAAGUUUACAGUGACCAUACGAGCAGCAAAAUAAUACUGACACCACGCCAGCUAUUUGAUUGAGUGGCGACAAGCAUAUCAGCCAUUUGAGUACUGCACUACAGAGGACUAUGAGAGAGAGCAGCAUCUUGAACAAUCAUUUCUUGUUUUCUCAAACGAUUCCAGACACAUGCAAACUACACACAUCAUAAAUUAUUUGAACCAUCUCUAGCUACUGAUACAGUAUAGUACUGCAGUCAGAAGAUGGACACUGAGUAAUCUCAGUAGAAACUGAAAUGCUAGCCUCUACACAGGCUCUCCUUUUUCUGUUCUUUAUCACAUCGUUCAAUAAGAUAAAAUACUGUCUUAAUCGUUCAAUGAGAUAAAAUACGGUAUUAAUUGGAGGAAUAAAGAAAGAAAUAGACGUAGAGUUAGGAAAAAGGAGAGCCUGUAUCGGGAAGUCACGUGAGGGUAGAAGGGUGGUAGAAGGGUGAAAAUGAGCGUGGGCAUGCUGAGCUAGAGAUGUUGGACUGCCCACGCAGAUAUCUAUGACUAAUAAAACUUUGCCUGCAGCAAACUGGACAUGGACUUGGAACUGGAAGUUUGCAAGCACUAUAGCUAGCUAUAUUAGUAAAACCAGUAGGUUUUACAUAGGAUUGGCAGUGGGUUUGCCUGUGUUUAGCAAUAUUUCAAUUAUUUUGACUCAUGUUCAAACUGUUCUAUCUCUGCAGGGAAAGGCCACAUCAUAAAAUACUGUCUUAAUCGUUCAAUGAGAUAAAAUACGGUAUUAAUUGGAGGAAUAAAGAAAGAAAUAGACGUAGAGUUAGGAAAAAGGAGAGCCUGUAUCGGGAAGUCACGUGAGGGUAGAAGGGUGGUAGAAGGGUGAAAAUGAGCGUGGGCAUGCUGAGCUAGAGAUGUUGGACUGCCCACGCAGAUAUCUAUGACUAAUAAAACUUUGCCUGCAGCAAACUGGACAUGGACUUGGAACUGGAAGUUUGCAAGCACUAUAGCUAGCUAUAUUAGUAAAACCAGUAGGUUUUACAUAGGAUUGGCAGUGGGUUUGCCUGUGUUUAGCAAUAUUUCAAUUAUUUUGACUCAUGUUCAAACUGUUCUAUCUCUGCAGGGAAAGGCCACAUCAAGAAACUGGCUGAACAGAUAGUUUAUUUAGCCUUUUCUCUCUUUGUAUCUCUCAUUUCAUAAUCCAUAAACAUUUUAAUGAAUGAAUAUUUUCAUUUUAAAAA